AUGUCGUCAGGUGACACUGGCGACGCCGAAGCACCAACAGCGGCAACUGCGGAACCGUCUCUGGGCGGCUGUCCUAGCGCAUCAACGUCCGCAACGGACUCAGCCUGGGGCAGCAGGGGGCCUAGCGCCCGUCCUGCUCAUGGCUCCCAGCCGCCUCCGGCUGAGCAACAGGAGCCACACGCGGCCUGCGGCGACCGCCUGCUGGUCGAUGGCGGCGCCGCCACUGGUACCGAACCGUCCGCUGCCGCCACCGUUGGGCUGCAGCAGCGGCUGCUGGCGCAGGCGCGUCGCAGUGCCUUUGAUCCGGCCACAGGUAAGGUACGCUGCCGCGCGUGUGGCAAGGCCUUCGCCACCUAUACCCAGCUGGCGCAGCACCUGGCGGCCGCGCAUGACGGCAUCAACAGCGAGGACGCCAAGUACCUGCAGUUCAGGCGGCAGCAGCAGCAGGAGGAGCAGCUGCAGCAUCAACACCAGCGCCAGCCAAUCCAAUCUGAGCUCUUUCCAAGCCUGCAGGCGCAUGCCACCUACCAUGCCGCACAGCAACAACAGCAACAGCAGCAGCCACUUCCCAUAUCGCAACCUUGGCCUGCUAGGAGUGGGCCAACGACGGUGCAAGGCUCGGGCAGCAUUAGCGCCCAGCAAAAUUGGCUGGGCGGCAGUGCCAGUGCCAGUGCCAGUGUCAGUGUCAGUGCCGCCGGGCCGUCCGGGGCAGCGGUAGCUGUCGCGUCUGCCGGGCCGGUGGCCCCUCCCUGUUCGAGUUUUCCCGCCCAGGGGUUUAUUCGCCCGAACCAGAUGCAGGCGAGCAAUUCCGGCGGAAUAGGAGCAGCACUUGCUGCAGCUGCUGCUGCCACGGCUGGUUCAUCGCUGCCUUCGAUGGCUGCCAACGCCUGGGCCGCUGGGCGCUUGCGGUGGCAGACGUCCCCGCCAAACGGCAGUCGCCCAGUGGCACCGGCGCCGCCGCAAUCGGCAGCACCGGUCAGUGACAGCGCCGCUGGAGUAAGCACCGUCAACGCCACCACCGCCGUUGACUCUGCUGCUGUUGCCCGUGCUCCUGCUCGUGAUGAAGCGAUGGCUCCCGCUGCUGCGCUGCCCUCCUGCCCAGAAGCUCUAAGCGCCGGCUGGUCCACGAUUGGCUCUCGCCGAGCAUGGCGCAGCGCUGCAGAGCCAGCCAAAGCGCCUGGGGUGGCGGGAGGACCGGCUCCACCCGCUGCUGCGGCUUCCUUACGCGCCCGUACUCCUACCCCAGCCGGCGCCACAUCCGCCAAGCCCAGCAAGCGCGUCGUCACCUUGGCGGAGCUUCUGGACGCUGCUGUGCCGGGCACCGGAGGUCACGUCGCGACCACACCGGCCCGCGGCUCCGCCAUCCCUGCGGGACGCGGCACUUCUAUGCAAGUUCGCGUCAGCAAUGCACUCCGGGUCGUCAUGAAAGCGCCGGCCUUGAAGCAGCAGCACCCGCAGCACCCGCAGCACCCGCAGCACCCGCAGCUUCAACACGCUGCGGCCGGAAGCGGCGCCGCUGCCGCCAUGAAGCCCGGCACACGCCGGGUACUGACCGCCGCCGGCACCGUGGCACCGCCGCGGAAGAAGCGGCCCACACGCGCCAAAACGCUCAUUUUGCAGCAUCGCGCCAACCGUACACUCGCAGCAGCAGCGGCGGCGUACCAUCAAGCACGGCAGUCGUACUUAUCCGUGGUGGAAGUGUACGACGCCAUGAAGGCGGAGCUGCGGCGCAUGCAAGAUGAAAGUACUGACGGUGGUAGGGCAGGGCCGGAAGCUGCUACUAACUCUGGCGAUGCUAGUCACGAGUCAAAGAGAGCCGCAGCUGCAGCGCCCGGGGCCAUGCCCAGCACGGCCAUGGACGGCGCGGCAGCGGCUGGGCCGCUGCCUCCGCCGCCGACCUCAGCGACCGCGCGCGAAAUCGCCGCCUCUGCCAGCACCCUGCCACCAAGCUUGCGGCCCCAGUUGCUCAUGCUUGCGCUGGCUAAGGCGCGGCCACACCUUGAGUCGCUGCAUCGGACAUUAGUACGGCGCAGGAUGGCUUACGUAGAUAAGCUGAAGCAUCACUCUGCCGUACACCGUCAGGGAGAGCCCAGCAACGCGGAGCUGGCGGCGCACGUGCAGCUGGACCAGCUGCCGGCGGAGCUGGAAGCCGCGGCCGCGGCGCGCGCCCGGCGGGCUGACGGCAAAUUGGCGGAGGCGGCUGACGGCGCUGGUGGCGGAGGCGGCGGGAGCUGUGGAGUUGCUGGGGGCGUCCAGGAAGUCAUGCACCGUCGGGCCGACGAGCUGCGGCUGUCACGUAAGCCACACGACUCCGAAACCAGCCCGCCCGAGGGAACUUCAUCCGGAGGCUCGUCUUCCGGGCCCCGGCCGCUAGAAGACCCGACCCUGGCUGCGCCGACGCCCGCCGCCACCAGCCUCGUGAGUAGAGCCGAUAGCGCCACAGUGGAGCUGCCAAGAGUGGCUGACACUGCAUCCGAUACAGCUUCAGCUGCCGCUCCGGCGACUGCCUUUAGCGCCGCUGCCGUCAACGCAGCGUGCACGCAGCUGAAAGGGAAGCCCGCGGCUGGCAGCGCAGCCUCGACUAGCUCCAUUGGCGACGCGGCGGCCGUCGGAAAGUCCGGCGUCAGCACCGCCUUUAGGGCAGAGCCGCCGCAGCCGCAGUUGCCUCAGCAACAACAACAUGCGCAAGGGGUGAAGGUGCAACCGGAGCUCUCUUCCGCAGGACAGGCUGCGGCUCCCCCAGCCGAUGCCCAGCUCGCAACGGCAGCCCGUUCCUCCCUGCCCGCAUGGUUGGCUUCUAGCAGCGACAUGUCGGAUGAGGAGGACGAGGAAGGGGGCCAAGGCGCGGCUCUGUUCGGCGGUGCGGCGGCUGCAUGGGCCCGGCUUGGAGGCGCCACCCUGCCUGGGUUUGGGCAGGCAGGGGCAGUAAAAGUCCGAUCCUCCAUGCCCGCAUGGUUGGCUUCUAGCAGCGACGCGUCAGACGAGGAAGGGGCCCCAGGCUCGGGCGGAACCAUGGGUCUGUUCGGCGGUGCGACGGCUGCAUGGGCCCGGCUUGGAGGCGCCACCCUGCCUGGGUUUGGGCAGGCAGGGGCAGUAAAAGCAGCAGCAGCGGCGCUGCGGCAAUCCGGCGCCGCUGCUGAGCAAGCUGAGGCUCGCUUAACGGAUACCCAGCCCGCGCCAGCAGUCCGAUCCUCCAUGCCCGCAUGGUUGGCUUCUAGCAGCGACGCGUCAGACGAGGAAGGGGCCCCAGGCUCGGGCGGAACCAUGGGUCUGUUCGGCGGUGCGACGGCUGCAUGGGCCCGGCUUGGAGGCGCCACCCUGCCUGGGUUUGGGCAGGCAGGGGCAGUAAAAGGCGGACGGCCGCUGCAGCCCGCAGCAGGUCUCCUAGAGCCCACUGGCCACAGCAGCGACGAGGAUGGUGACGAUUCGUCCGUGGGCGGUGUUCUGAAGGGUUGGACGGACACGAUUUCCAAGUGGCAGGGCAAGGUCAGCGGGCCUCAGGCGGCCGCGCUGCCGCUCUUUGCAUCCACCAUUAAGGGCCUAUCAGCUGGCGGCAUGUGGGGCAUGCCCGUCAGCCACCCUUUUGUGCCUUCCGCCGCCGCCCCGGCGGCGGCGGGGGCGCCCCCGCCGGCCCUGGAACCGGCAAAAGCGGGCUCUAAGGCCGUGGGCCCGGCCCCGUCCGGCGCGGCGUCCACGGCCGCAGGAACGUUUACGGGGCCUGGUGCUACCACGCUGAUGGGGCUGCCGGUGGCGCGCUCGGCCCUGCUAGCGCCGUCCACGGCUGCAGCUGCGGCGGCAGCUGCGGUCUUUGCGAGCGCUGCGGCGGCGCUGGCGCCAGCAGCGGCGGCUGAGGAGGAGGAUGACGACGAGGAGGGGCAGCUUAGUCCGGAAGCAGCGACAGCGGCGGCAGCGCUGAUACUGCAGCGCCGCGAUGUGCAGGCGAAGGUGCAGCAGGCGCAAGCGCAGAUGCAAGCACAGAUGCGGGCACAAGCACAAUCUCAAGCACCGCACUCCGCAGCCGUGACGGAGGCCGCCGGCGGCGCGAUUUUUGCCGCGGGCGCAGCGACUGCAGCGACGGAUGGCGGCCGCGGCGGCGGCGGCGGCGGCAGUGCGCCAGGGCAGGGCCAUAAACCUGCGUCAACAAUGGCUGCCGCUGCGGCGGUGGUGCCAUCUGCACAAGGCGUGUCUGGGGCUGGCGGUGCCGGUGCCAUGGCGCCCGUCGCGACGGCGCUGCCAUCUCCAUCUUCCGCUGUCGCCGCUGCCGCAAAGCCCGUACUGCCGUCAGCAAAUCCCCAGUCCCCAGUCCGGCCCUGGACAUCGUCCAUGCUGUUUGGCGGGUCCCGUGCCGCCGGUGGUGGCGACGACGACAACGAGGACGACGAGGACUUGCAGGACGUCUCUCAGGCCGUGAAAGUGGACGUCUUGUCCGGCUGGAUGGCCUCCCUCAAGCUGCCUAAGUUGACAGAGCUGUUCAAACAGCAACAGCAAUUGAUGCAGCAACAGCAACAGCAGCAGCUCUCGUUCUACUAUGCGUCUACGGCGGCGGCGGCUACAGCGGCCGGCGGCGGCGGCGGCGCCGGCGGCAGUGGACCAGCGACGGCUCCAAAUAAGGCCGCGGCAGGGAGGCCGAGGUCUGGAACGCGGCCGGGAUCAGGUCAAGCUAAAGCUGCUGCCGCCACAGCCUCCGCCGCUGGCGCCGCUAUCGGCAACCCUCCCGCGUCUCCGGGAGUCAUAAAAAUUUUGCGCAGGGCGGCACCUGGCGACCUGGCGCCAAGCACCAAUAAUCCGCCGCCGACGACGACGACAGCGCCAGCGGGCCCACCGCGACAACAAGCUCAACAGCAACGGCAGCAGCAGCAGCAACACGUACGACAGCCUGCGGCUUCAACCAACAGCAACAACCCCGCCACGGCCGCGAGCGCCGCCGCCGCAUCCGCUGCACCGCAACAGGAUCAGCGUCCAGCCGCCGUCAGGCACGCUGCCGCGAAGCCUCUUGUGCAGUUACUGACCAGGGCGGGGGUUGUGUGUGGACCGCCUGCCGGGACCUCAACCCCCGGAGCCGCCGGCGGCCCCGCCGCGCACCAACAUUCGUCUUCUCGUGCAUCCGCUAACGCUGCGACGGCUUCGGCCUCAACCCGCAGCUCCGCUGGCGCAGCGGCGGCUGUAGCAGCCUCUGCACCUCCGCCGGGUGCUACUGCAGGCGGCAGAGGGCGGUCACCGGUCCCAGAAACGUGUACGACCAUACGUGCCGCCCUUAGCACGGCCACGGGCGCGGCUCCGCCGCCUUCAUCGUACCGAGCAGCUCAGGCUCCGGCCCCGGCCCCCGCCGCCUCCGGGGCCCCUCAGUCCAGACACCUGGCAGCACGUGAGCUGCCGGCGGCGGCGUCCGCUAGCGGCACGUCUCCUAAAGCGCAAAGCCCCGGUGAAGCGGCUCCGGCGGAGCAAAAGGCUCCCGUCAACUCCUGGUCUCGGCCGCUGAUCGCUGGGCUCGCAGCUGCACGGACUCAGUCACAUUCCGCGACGGCAGAGCGUGGACCGCAGCAGCAAGCGACGGCGGCGGCGGCGCCGCCGCCGCCAGGCGCUGCACAUCAGCACGGCGACGCCGUACAGUCAUUAUCUUCGCCGUCGCCUGCGGCGACGGCGGUGGCGACGAGGGCGCCGUCGGCGCCGACACGAAGCCAUGGCGGGUCAGUGGCGGUGUCCUACCUGGACAAGCCGCGGGGCCCAGCUGGGGAAUGUGGCAGCGGUACAGAGACCGCAGCGGCGGCCUCUGCGGCCCAAGAUCAGGCGAGUGACGCCGUACAGCCUCAGUCGCAGGCUCCACGCCCCCAACCUCCGGAGCCGCAGCAGCUGCCCCUGGAGUUCAAGUGCGGGCUAUGCCAGGUUCACUGCAACAGCCGCUGGACGUUCGAGCAGCACUGUGCCAGCCGAAAGCACAUCACGCGCGCCACAGCCGCCGUGCUCUGCAACAGUGAAAUGACCUUCCAGCAGCACAUAGCCAGCCGCAAGCACCUAGCACGAGCCGCCCGGCAGCUGCUGCGACAGGCGCUGCCCGGCGAGGACGGCCAGAUGGCCCCAGCACAGUCUCAUGCGCUGCUACAGCCGCAGCAGUCGCAACAGCCGGGACACGUGCUGGAGCGCGGAGCAGCCGGCGGCAAAGCCCGCGGCGGCGGCUGUAGCAAUAAUGGCGGAGCUGCCGCGGCGCUGCCAGCGGUCGCGGCGCCUGGCGGCGCCCGGCCGGUAGCGGACCUCGCUUGUGCCGGAGUUUCUCGGCCGGGGCCUGUGGCAGCGCUGCAGCAGCAGAAGAAGCAGCAGCAGCAGCCGCACCGGCUGUGUCAGCAGCUGCUGGUUCCGGAGCUGGAUGCCCUUGUGCUCGACACCCUGACUCGCAUCCGUGGCUUCCAGGAGCGAGCCAUGGCGAAGAACGCCAUUAAGGCGGCUGCCCACCGCUGGUACGUGCUGGGGCUCCGGGAGGUGCACAAGGCGGUCCGGGCGCGGCGGGCGAGAGUGGUGGUGAUUGCGCCCAACAUCGAGGAGGUCGCGGUGGAGGGCGGACUGGACACUACGUUGCAGGCCAUAUUGGACAUGUGUUCAGAGCAGGAGACUGUGGCGUUUUUCGCCCUUAGCCGCAAGCACCUGGGCCGUGUGUACGGCUACAAAAAGCGAGUGAGCGCUGUCGCCAUUUUGGAGCUUAAUGGCAUCCACGAGGCUUACAAGCAAAUCGCCAAGCUGGCGAAAGGCGCCAGGGAGGGCUGGCGCGACCGCGCCGCUGCCGCCCCAGGCUCCGCCUCCGCCUUGCCGCCUGGCAGGCCGGCCGUGAGCGCUUCCGACCCUCUUGGAACGCUGUCAUUGCCACGGGGUGACAGCUCGAUGGGGGAGGACUCGGAGGACGGUGACGAUGAGGAAGAGGAAUGGGACGGUGACGGGGAUGGUCAGCAGGGGCAGGUGGAGGUGCAGCUGGAAGGAAAGGAUGUGGUAGGAUCCGUGGAAACACAGCAGCAGCAGCAGCAGCAGCAACAACAACAAGAAAAGCUGCAACGGCAGCAUCCGCCAAGUCUGCAGCCUCGGCAGCAUCCUGCCCGCGCGGAGGUGCAACCGGAGGGACACCGUGCAGUUUGCAGUGCGGCGCCGAGCGGCGGCGGCAGCGGCAGGGUCUGUGCGAAUGGCGAAUGCAGCGGCGGCAGCUCAGCGAGCUUUCCGUCUGAGCAACGUUCCGUCACCGCGCGAGGAAAUGAAUGUGCUGUCGGUGCAGCCGCAGACAGCACAGGCGCUGACGCUGGAAAGGACCCGGCGGCGCGGAACGGCAGCACCAGCAGCACCAGCGGCACCAGCGGCGUCAGGCCCUGGCUUCUCAACGCCGCCGCGCCGGUGUUCAUACCCCGGUUCGCUGCGGUCUAA